AUGCCAAAAAACGUAGGAACUAUCCGUGAGCAAGUUCAUGUACCACUUCAGUAUCCUAAACUAACUGAAACAAACUACACUUCGUGGUCAAUUAUGGUUGAAACGGUGCUAAAGACAUACAAUUUAUGGGAGUCGGUGGAUCCCAGAGGAAUUGAGGAAGCAAAGAAGAACCACACCACCAAAGCCAUUAUCUUUCAAACUCUAUCAGAAGAUAUUUUGUUGCAGGUCUCUAAACAUGAAGAUGCAAAGGAUUUUUGGGAAGCGAUUCGGAUAAGUGGCAUAAUGGCAAAACUCAAAAGUCACGGUUCAAGCCUUGAAGAAGAAGUGGUGGUGAGAAAGCUUCUCAAUUCAACCCCAAAGAAAUAUUUACCAAUCAUUUCCUCCAUCGAGCAAUAUGGAAGAGAAAGAGGUCGGGGAAGAGGAUUCGGCAGAAGUGAAAUAGGAUGUGGAGGAGGCUCGGAUCGAGGUGAUAAGAUUGGGCUUAGAUGCUAUGACUGUGGAAAAUUUGGACACUUUGCAAAUGAGUGUACCAAAUUUAAGGGGGUGGAUGUUGGGUAUAAUCUUGAUGUGGAAAAUAGAAUAAAUAACAAGCAAGAAGCAAAACGCAAGCAACAAGAAUCAUUAAGCAAGAAAGCAAUCACCAAGAAAAAAGAAGACAAGAAAGUAGUAGCAAGAAAAGAAAGAAGGCAAGAAAGCAGUAGCAAGAAAAGAAAGCAGUUAGGAAGAAGCAAGAAGAUAAGAAGCAAGAACGAGAUCAAGAUCGUUGUGGAACUCAAAAGUUUAGCAAGAAAUGCCAACAAACAUAGGAACUAUCCGUGA